AUGGCAUGGUGGCAGAAGAAAAUACUGCGCUAUGCUCUACUGCGCACGGGACUGUUGGACGAGAAGGCUCUCGAUCUUGAUCAUCUCGACAUCACCCUGGGCAAACAGAAUGUUAUCGAGCUGAAGGAUGUGGCGCUCAACAUCACACGACUGGGCAAGAUUGCUCAGCUGCCACCUGGACUGAGGAUAGAGACUGCCCGUAUCCUCUCGCUGCGACUCACCGUACCUGCGGACAUCUAUCAUUCCAGCAUAUCAGCUGAAGUCGAUGGCGUGGCAAUUGGUUUGACGCUGGAUGAGAAGGCGGAAGUCAACACAACAGAGCGAAGAAGUAGGCCAAGUUCGCCUCUGACCACUCGAAGUCCGCAGCACAGAAAGACGCAUCGCAGAUUAUCCUCGCCACCCCCUUAUGACCCUGGCGGACCGCCUGACUCCGAAGAUGCACAUCUCCCGACGACGGAAGAGUUGGCAAAGUCAUUUCUGAGGGAAGAGCCGGCACAUGGGCGAAGACAGUUGGAAGCAUCGGUGGUUGCCAGCGACAAAGGUCUCGAUGAGUCCAUCGUGAGUGAAAGCAGUGACGGAGAUGAAGUCGGGGUCGGGGCGGCCAUGGGUUUGCCCGGGUUCCUUGCGAGCUUCUUGCAAGGCAUUGUCGAUCGCCUUCGCAUCGCUGUCCUGAAUGUGGAGGUUAAACUCGAGACCGAAGUCCCGGGUGAUGGAAAACCUGCGGUCCCGCUCACGCUCUGCUUGAACAUCGGCAAGUUUGAGCUGGUAAGCGCAGAUGUCGCCAAAGCCGAUGCACCGCUCCCCGAUAGCCACAGCACCGAGAGACAGAUCAAGCUUGCAGACAUCUCACUUUGCUUGCUCUCGGAUGCGGCCAUCUUUUCCGAGCUUUCCGAGCUGCGCUCGUUCUCAUCUCCCACGGCAAGCAGUCAGCGUGAUCGAAGUCCAGUAUUGGCUAGGUCACGCUUGGCCGAUCUUUCGCUCUCGCCAUCUCAGCGAUCAUACGCGACUGCCGAAGGCCGGAGUGAGGACGCUACUGUCGCGCAAGCACAAAAGCCAAUCCUGGCCUCUACAUCGACUGUCGAUGCUGAUCUCGAAUCAGAUUCAGGUGAUGACCUAGCCACUUCUCAAUUCUUCACGCACGAACAAGCCGAGAGCAUGUAUAUGAGUGCAAUGUCGCAGAGCACAAGAAUGCAUGUACCAGGAGGCUGGAGCGCAGAUGAUCUUAAGGACUCCUCCCGAGCCGCACAUACCCAGUCGCCCCCAACACACCUCCCAGCCCUCGCAGAGAGCAUGGAGAGAAAACUUGAUACAGAGGCAACGGACCUUGAUCAACGGUAUCAUACUCCUGGCAACUCGACUCCACGAGUACCUUCGCCCGUCGAUCGAUCCAUCCUUGAUCAGAUACCCACCCCCAUCACGCAUAAAGCGUCGCGUCAACUGCUUCAUGUGGACUCCCUGCACGUUUGGAUACCGACAGCUUCGAGCCGAAGCGAAGAUGAUGAUUCGUCAACGGUGCAACAAAGCGCUACCAGCAAGAAUGCCUCCAAUGGUAAGAUGCCUGGCUCUUUUUCGAUGUACUCAGAGAUGUCUGCAUCCCGACGAAACCCUGCAAAUUUCUCCAGGCAAGAUAGCAGUGGUACCCUAUCGCCUGCACAGCAGAAUGCUCGACCCAGUGAUUUGUCGCAACCGAUAAAGCUUGAAGUUGGUUCAGUCCGGUGUCAGCUUGACGUGCCUUGCGGAAGGCUUCUAUAUCGCUUGGGCUCCAAAACUUCGACCAUCCUUCCAGCUACCAAACCAUCCGACUCUCACGCCUUUUCAAUGUACUUGGGAUCGAGUCGUUGUCUGUCGUUCAGUCGCAGUCCUGACAUGAUGGCAUCCGUGAUCUUGACAGGGCAUACGCCGGAUAUCGCUGUGAGCUUGCGGAAUCAACAGACCCCGCCGAGGCAGCCCACCAAAGAUAUAUCCAUUCAGACGUUGGCUCUGGUCGUAAUGCUGGACAUUCCGGCCCUAGAAGAAACAUUCCAGCCUUUUGGAGGACUCAGCGGCAUGCUUGAAGCUGGAAACUCAAUCUUGCUCGAGAGUGGUAUAGUCAGUCCGGCGUCUUCGCCAAUCAAGUCUCCAAAGGGCGUUCGAUUCGAGGGCGACCUGAAGUCGCUGGAAGUGGCCUCCGAGCUAAAAGUGAACGCCAUCUUCGGCGGCGUUGAUGGACGACUUCAAGGGGCUUCUUGCGCUGUGGAUUUACGGUCUACAGCAGUCAAAGCUCUCUAUCGAGCGCAAGGAGCUGUCGUGACGAUUGCGCAUGUCGAAGUGGCUGUUCCGCAAAUUUCGGGGGAUGGUACAGAUGCUGCAAUAUCUGUUGAACUGUUCGCGAGUCGUCUGGAGUAUUUACCUGCCCCACAGGACAAAGACCUCGAGAGAUUGCUGUCUUUGAUCACACCCUCCAAAGACAAGUACGACACCGACGACGACAUCCUCAUCGAUACCCUGCUGAGGCAGAGGAAAAAGGGUGCUGUCGCUCGCGCUUCCAUCAGCGAGGUCAAAACCUAUGUCGAGGACUGGUCUUCUGUACAAGCACUUUCCAAUCUUGCCGAGGAGCUCAGCAAGUUUUCCGCAGUCACGAAGUACUUGCCAGAAGACGAACGGCCUGGACUGCUUACUCUGAUUCGGGUCAAGGACUUCAACGGGCGAGUUCCGGUCAACAAGCGAUUCGGAGAGCUGAUUUACAGGCUCACGGACAUCCAUUGCGCUCAGAUAAGCCUUCCGGCUUUGUUCGCAGUGUCUGUGGGAGACGUCAAUGCUUCGCAGGCCGAAUAUGGCAAGCUUGUCCACUCACUCAUUCAGAGCGCGGGACUGGACAACCUGCCCCUAUUCAUGGCGAGGAUGCUGGGAGACGAAAUCGAAGCAACAUUGAAGAUCAAGCUCUACAAUGUUUGCGUCGAGUAUAGCGUCCCAGUUGUUGUGGCUCUGACCGAUCUAUCCGAGGGUAUGAGUCAGGACGAGGUCGUGAUGGAGCUGGCACAAUCUGUCGUCAAUCUCAUGCCGCAUCCCAAUCAGAGAACAACACGCGACAGCAGUCCUAUGCGCGAUGCACCGACUUCAUCCUCUAAGAAGAUGAUAGUUGAUCUCUUGAUCCAUGACUCUGCGAUAGGACUGUCUCCUCAGAGGCUCCCCUCGAAGGCGCUGCUUGUGCUCACAGACGCCCGAAUCUCCGUUACGUAUCCACCUGAGCCUGUACUGGCCGCUCAAUUGGAGUUGCGAAAGGCAGGGCUCUUCAUAGCCGACCAAACUCUUCCUGAUGAUGCAGAUAUUGCGGGUCCUGUACGCUCUUCGCCGAGCAAUACAGCGACAAAAGCAAAACUCACCCUCUUGCUUUCCAAGCGCGGCUACGUGUCUGUUGGUUCGAUCAUGGCCGCCAAGGUGGAUGUACGUGUAGAGCAGAGCGAGAAGCAUGGCACGACAACGAUUGACGUUGGACUCACAAACGAGCUACUCCUACUGGAAACCUGUGCAGACUCGACUCAGACAAUGAUCGCUACUCUGAGUGGACUUCUACCACCCACGCCGCCGGCCAAACAACCGAUGUACCAGACACAGCCCAUGACAAUAGAGGAGAUGAUGGCUUCUUUCACGGGAGAUGCAUUCGAAAAGCCGGCAAAGCCAGCGGAGACGCUCUUUGACAUUGACGAGGAGCCUGACGACAAUGCUUUGCUAUCAUUUGGUAUGGGCAAGCUUGCCGAGGACGAUGACUUGCUUUCGGAGUCGGAGAUGACCUCCAGUCUGUACGGGCCUGUCAGCGGCGUUCUCGGCGCAAUGGGAGAUUCCGAACAGGAAGACGACUCGGACCAUUUUCCUGCGACCCUGAAAGUGCGUGACCUGCAUAUCAUCUGGAACAUCUACGAUGGCUACGACUGGCAAAGAACUCGAGAAGGUAUCACAGAAGCUGUAGAACAGGUCGAACUGCGUGCCGAAGAGCGCAAAGCGAGGCGCCGUCAAUCGGCCCACGACGCGGAAGACGACGAGUCUGUCAUUGCGGAUUUCCUGUUCAACUCGAUCUACAUCGGCGUGCCCAGUAGGCAUGAUGCACAUGACCUGCGUCGCCAGAUCAACCGUGAUAUUGAUGAACUCGUCAGUGAGACGGAGAGUGUGCCGGUCUCUGGGAUGUCGCGGCCUGCGACAGUCUACUCCGCGUCUGGACGGCCUGUACGAUCACGCCAGAAGAAGCGAUUGAAGCUCGAGCGCAGCAGGACCCACAAGAUCGCAUUUGAGUUGAAAGGCGUCUCUGCGGAUAUCCUGGUCUUCCCGGAAGAUAGCGCAGAGGUCGUCAGCUCUGUAGAUGUCAGAGUCCGCGAUGUUGAGGUCUUCGACAACGUACCCACAUCCACCUGGCGCAAGUUCUUGACUCAUCUGAGCAACGAGCCUGGAGACAGGGAGAUGGCAAAGCCGAUGCUACAUCUGGAGCUUUUCAAUGUCAGAACGCUGGAGAAGUUUGCCGCGUCCGAAAUUGUUCUGCACGUGUCUCUCCUUCCGCUGAGAUUACACGUUGAUCAGGAUGCUCUCGACUUUAUCACUCGCUUCUUCGAGUUCAAGGAUGCAGCCUCGACCGCACCAGCAUCGCCGAGCGAACAACCCUUCAUCCAAAGACUUGAAGUUGACACGGUUGACCUACGCCUCGAUUACAAGCCGAAAAAAGUCGACUACGUGGGCCUCCGCUCCGGGCAUACCACGGAGUUCAUGAACUUCGUCAUCCUGGACGCGGCCGACAUUCGUCUCAAGCAUGCCAUCAUCUACGGCAUCAAGGGAUUCGACCCUAUUCACAAAACGCUCAACGACAUCUGGAUGCCUGACGUAAAGCGGAAUCAGCUUCCCACCGUGCUCGGGGGCUUGGCACCGGUGCGGAGCCUUGUCAAUAUCGGCAGCGGUGUGCGUGACAUCGUCGCGAUUCCCAUUCGAGAGUACCGGAAGGAUGGCCGCAUUGUGCGGAGCGUGCAGAAGGGUGCUUUUCAAUUCGGCAAAACAACUGCUGCAGAGCUGGCACGACUGGGUGCAAAAGUGGCGAUGGGGACGCAAACGAUACUGCAAGGCGCCGAAGGCUAUCUGUCGCCCGCUUCCGACUCUCCAGGGCGUCCAGGUUCCAUGACUGGUCGAUCGCCAGAUCAAGCGUGGCAUGAUAUGGAUGCGGAAGACGAGGAGCACGAAUCAAGAGCCAUAUCAGCCUACGCCAACCAACCUAUUGGAUUGAUUCCCGGUCUACGCUCCGCUCAGAGAUAUCUUGAGUACGAUUUGCUGACUGCGCGGGAUGCACUCAUUGCCGUCCAGGGGGAAGUUCUGGAAAGCGAAGGCCCGAGUUCUGCUGCGACAGCCGUUGCCAGACAUGCGCCGACUAUCAUUUUGCGUCCGUUUAUUGGCGCAACGAGGGCUAUCGGCACCACGUUGUUGGGCGUGGGUAAUCAGAUUGAUCGCGAGAAUAUGAGGCGGGUGGAAGAUGUAAGUCUACCACACAAUCACUGGAAGGCAUUUGCUGACUUGUUUGUAGAAAUACAAGCGACGAUAGACGGUGGUGGCGGUGUACCGCGGGGUGUGAAGUAA